UUCGCUUGCUCAAGUAGCGUGUAGACGUAAAAUGAAAGUAUUGCCCGUUUAGCAUUGAAACGUCAAAAUGAUUUCAUUUACAUUCAAAUUAUUUAUGUUUCCUUAUAUAUUUGGUGUUGUUUUUGCAUUCGCAUUGCCUUUUGAAGGAUUGUAUAAUCUGGAUAUUAUACACUACAAUGAUUUCCACGCUAGAUUCGAGGAAACUGCGGUCGAAUUUCCGACUUGUCGUUUUAACAACGACUCCUGCCUCGGAGGAUUCCCUCGUCUCUUCAAAAAGAUUGAGCUCUUACGAAAAGAAAAACCGGAAUCAAUUCUACUGAACGCAGGCGACAGUUUCCAAGGAUCCUAUUGGUACAGUUUACUUAAGUGGAAUGUCACGCAAGAGUUCAUGAAUCUUCUUCCUCAUGACGCUCACGCAAUCGGUAACCAUGAGUUUGACGAUGGACCACAGGGCCUCGCACCAUACCUGAAGGCUUUAAAAGCGCCUGUUGUAGCAGCAAACAUGGAUACCAGUAAGGAAGCAAUAUUACAAGGACUUUACAAGCCACAUAUAAUAGUUGAACGUAAGAAAAGAAGAAUUGGAAUCAUUGGUCUUAUAACACCGGACACAAAGAUAUUAUCAUCAGCUGGGAACGUGGAAUUCACAGAUCCACGAGAAGCUAUGAAACGAGAGGCGAAAGAGUUAAACGAUAAAGGAGUUGACAUCAUAAUCGUACUCUCGCAUUGCGGCCUUGAAGUUGAUAAAGAAUUAGCCCGUGAUUACGGAGAGUAUGUUGAUAUAAUAGUCGGCGGUCAUUCACACUCUCUACUAUGGAACGGUCCAGCGCCGAGCGGAGAGCCUGUAGCAGAUCCGUAUCCCGUGUUCAUUGAAACUAAUACAAAGAAAAAACACAAGGUACUGAUAGUACAGGCUUCAGCUUUCACGAAGUAUAUGGGAAGUCUGACCGUGUCGUUUGACUUUCGUGGUGACUACGUUAAAUGGGAGGGUGGUCCUAUAUUUUUAGAUCGCUCUGUCCCGGAAGAUGAGAAUAUAAAAGCGCGGCUUGCACCAUAUGCGGAGAUAGUACACAAAGCUGAGGAAGAAGUUAUUGGCGAGAGUUUGACAACAUUGGACUUCGAAUCCUGCGUGUCAGGGGAGUGUGCCCUCGGCGAUCUAUUGGCUGACGCUAUGACUGAAUUUGCAAAAUCACAACAACCGGAAUACAAUUACAUGUCGUUUAUUCAACGUGGUAACAUAAAGUCUUCUAUACCAAGAGGAAAAAUAACGAAAGGAGUAAUUUUCGAACUUCUACCUUUCAACGAUAAAAUACAAUCAUUCGAACUACGUGGGUCAGCCAUAUUGAAAGCGCUCGAUAGAGGCGUUUCCAGCGCGUGGGAGAUCAAACCAUUUAAAGGACCCUAUGUAUUGCAAGUUUCUGGUCUCCAUGUUACAUAUGACAUAUCACAGCCGGAAGGGGAAAGAGUAACUUCAGUUUUUGUCGGAAAGGGCAAGUCGAAUGUGAGUCUGAAGGCUGACGAAUACUACCACGUGAUUGCGCCCGCGUACCUAGCUAAUGGAGGGGAUGGUUUUACGAUGUUUAAAAAUGAUAAAAGGAAUGUAAAAAUUAUUGGUCAGGAUCAAAAAGUUCUAGAAACUUAUAUACAAAAGCAUUCGCCUAUAAAUAUAUCAACAGAUGGACGGAUUGUAGUGAAUCAAAUUGUUUAAUAUUAUAAAUAAUAUUAAUUUGUUAUUAGACAAAUAGUAAUACGAAUUUUACAUUUUUUGUACGCUG